CUCCAUUUUCCCUCACUGCUGCACUCUCACAGUAGAGAGAUGGCUUCUACUUCUGCAGCUUACAUUACUACUUUCACUUCUAAUCUUCAUGAAAUCAAACAAAAACCCUUUUUUCCAAGUAAAUGUACAGAUUUAUUCCACCCCUUUUCUCCUCUAAAUCUCAAGAACCCAAAGUUCUUUAAGUUUCCUAAAAUGACUCUCUCAAAUGAAUAUGAAUAUGUGGGUACAGAAAAUUUCAACUCCCCAAGAACAAGUUAUAAUUACAAUAAUGCCACUACUGCUAAGUUUUACAAAAGGAUGGAUUCUUGUUUGGUAAUUCCUCCACCAAAGGGUAAAAAACCCAAAGCUAUAAUCAAAUUUGUUGGUGGUGCUUUUAUUGGAGCUGUUCCUGAAGUUUCUUACAGUUAUUUGCUUGAGAAUUUGGCGAGAGAAGGGUAUUUGAUAAUAUGUGUGCCUUACAAUGUGACAUUUGAUCAUGCCCAAGUCACAAGACAGGUUUUCGAGAGAUUUCAUGCUUGUUUUGGUUCAAUUUUAGCAUCAGGGUUGCCUGAUUCUGGCCUUUCUGCUGCUGACAUUGUUGAUUUGCCACUUUACUCUGUUGGCCACAGUAAUGGUGCUCUUAUUCAAGCACUUACAGGAAGUUAUUUUUGUGAGAAGAUACCUAAGGCUAAUAUUAUAAUAUCGUACAACAAUAGGCCAGCGUCAGAGGCAGUGCCAUAUUUUGAGCAGUUAGGUCUUCUUGUUGGCCAGAUGGUUCCUGUUAUAUCUCCAGUAUAUUCAAUGGCUCAAUCCGCUUCAGGAGAUGCGUUGAGGGUGUUACUUGAUACAGCUGGAACAAUCAUCCCUGACUAUGAUCCGGAAACAGUUGUUUCGUUGACUAAAUUUGCUGAUCAAUUGCCUUCGGUAUUUGGCGAGCUUGCUCAAGGGAUAUCAGAGUUCAAGCCAACACCCUCUGAAAAUCUUGAGUGUUUCAAAAACUCAUACAACGUCAAGCGUACACUGCUGGUGAAGUUUGACUCUGAUACGAUCGAUGAGACAGAUCGGCUUGAAGAGACAUUAAAGCCCCGAGUAGAAUCUUUCGGUGGAAAGGUGGAGAAAAUUGCAUUAACUGGUAACCACAUCACACCGUGCGUACAGGAACCAAAAUGGCGAGUAGGAGCGGUAUACACUCCAGCAGAUGCUGUUGCGCAAGUGGUUAAGACUGUUGCCUUAAAUGACACUAAGGGACUAUGUACAACCAUUGUCAACUGGUUCGAUCGUAUCGAGGAGUUCUGAAAUGCUGUUACCUGCAUAAGCAUGGUACUGAAGCACAAUUUAUGGGUCAAUACCAAUGCAGAAAAAUGCACAUAUAUCAUCACAGUAAUACAAUUAAACCUCCCCUCGCCCUUCCUUAGAAAAGAGAAAAAGAGAAGUGUAUGUCUAUACAACGUUGAAAAUGUUUACCAAUAAGUAACAAUUUUGAUUCGAGGUCUUCCCAUCA